AUGCCCGCUCGGAAACCCACAUUACCUCAGUAUCCCAGGCCGGUUUCACCUGUUUCUGCCGAAGACAUCCCAAUCUGUGAUGAAACAAUCGUAUAUUAUGAUCCAGCGAAUGAUGCCCCGGGGGAUGGAGAGCAGCGGGCUGCAAAACGGCGACGAAUUGAGAGCCAUGCAACAGCCUAUCUCCGAGGCCAGCCUAUAUUCAUUAUGACGGCUCAACUCAGAGGGCCCUUUGACAGCGGGUGGAAGAAUCCUUGGGCUGAAAAGACCAUCGAUAAAGCCAAGGAGGCUGUAGCAAGCCAGCAGAGGCUUACAAGUCUGGCACGAGUCACCAAGCCUGCGCACGGAAAGAAACAAGACCCCUCCGCCUCAAAGGCGGACUAUUCCCCUCGGACCUUUGCAGAAACAUCCAAACCUGCAACAGAGAAAACGAAGAAUAAGCCUGCCGAGGGUGGUCGAAGUCCAGGGAGAAAGAGUAAACAAGGGGAAAAUGGUGUUGGUCAACAUCUUCAGGAGAAUGACCUUCCUACCGAAAACAAUAGAAUUGAAGAUUGGUUGAAGAGGAAUGCAGCUUAUCGGAGGCCAGAGAACAAUGAGCAGUCCUUGCCACCUCCAUCACCAAGCGAAGGCAAGGCACGGAGGAGGGAGAAUCCAAGACCUAGCCUUAAUCUUCCUGUCCCUACGGAUGGCAUCGUCAGGAUUGCGGGUCACAAGGGUCUACUUUCUAGCAGCACAUCGGCGUUGAGGCGCUCCGUGGACUUCAAGAGCAAUCUUUCAUCCCCUCUCAACGCAACGACGCCGCAACAUCGUCCGCGAGCACGUAACUGCAACACUUCUCCAAGGCAAAAGUACCCUGAAACUCAACACCCGGCGGUCGAGCAAGCCGAUGUGAGUGAGUUUAGGGCAGAAUAUGCUAUCCUAAAAUCCAAACAAAGAACAGAACAUACGGCUUCAUCCGUCACAAAACCAUUCACUCGUCACGCUGGUGCUCAGGAUGGUUCUCACGGCAUAAUUGAUUCUGGCGGAUUGGAACCUUCUCUCGGUUUACCGCCACCUACAAACACGACGGAGGAAAGAUUGAAAUCUGCAGGAGACGUGAUUUCAAGAAUCAACAGUACUGCUGGGACGGUUCCCGAUGCACAUGACACAUCUCCAGCAAGUCCAUUUGAGCCCGGCCCCCGGUCUUUGGCGAGAGAAAGAACGAAAUCAAGCAUAUCGACAGAUCUACCAUCUGCUCAGGUGCCACCACUCCCUGUGUUCGCAUCUUUGCCCUCGAAUCUUUCCAGCCACAGCCAAGCGCCUCAAGAAGUUCUGGACCAUCGUAGCCCACGAGCAAUCGGGACAGAGGACCUUGGAAAUGCAGCCGUCGCUGAAAUAUCCGCCGCUGAGGGUACGAAUUCUGGUGCAGAUGCCGGGCUUGAUGCGGAAAGCAUAUCUGCAACAGAAAGACAGAAGCCGGUACCAGAUGACCAUCAACAAUCCCCAAUGGAGGUCGACGAGCUCGAGACGUCUCGUUUAUUGACGGAUCGUGUGUCAGAUGUUCCGCUGUCUACAAAGAGAGAUGGAAGAGGGAAACAAACCCCAAGCUCUCCUGGCAUCACGAAACCCGGGCCUCCCAAAAGUCGGAGACGUCUUGCCUUCGCGACCGAUGGCACACCAUCCGGGUCAUCUCGGGGGACCAUAAAAUCGGCAUUGAAAGUUGCGAAACCCACAGUCAUGAUCCAAGACACAAUGGCGUUUAACAAGACAGCUUCGCCGCACGGAGAAGAACACUGCCCUGCCACAAAUGACUCGAGCUCCCCUAAAUUCCUCCGGGCGUCGGCACCGAAGAGUAUCCUCAAAGCGUCCCUACAGAGUUCGACGAUCGCGCCAGUCCACUCCAAUAUCUCCAGCUCGUCAUCGAACAAGCAGGAUGCGCAACGACAACAACUGCUCGCACUGGUGGAGAACGAUGAUAACUUUGAUCUAGAUGCGGCUAUAGACGAGCUGGGAUCUUUCUUGAGUAGUUGGGCUGCAGAACGGGAAGCAUUUCUCUCGGCACCGACCACCACCGCCCGGGGCUAA